UUACAGCCCAGAGUCUGACAGUCCCGACUUCAUUCAGUGUGAACUUCCUCCUGCUGAGAAAAUGCUCCGCUUUGCUCUGGUUCUGUCGUCGGUCCUCCUGGUCUGCAGGUCCGCCGUGUGUCCGUGUGAGAGGCCGGAGCUCUGUCAGCAGAUCCGUGAGGAGGCAGACUUUGAGGUGUUUGUGUUUGACGUGGGUGGAAAGACAUGGAAGUCGUACAACUGGAGCAUGGUCACGACAGUGGCAACUUUUGGAAAAUAUGAUGCUGAGCUCAUGUGUUACGCUCACUCCAAAGGAGCACGGGUUGUACUCAAAGGUGAUAUUCCCCUGCACUACAUUGUUGACGAACAUAACCGGACUGCGUGGAUAACAGAGAAGGUCAACUUGGCCAAGAGUCAAUUUAUGGAUGGGAUCAACCUCGACAUCGAACAAGCAGUGGACAAGGACUCGACAGAGUACUAUGCUCUAACAGACCUGGUCACAGAGACCACUGAGGCCUUCCACAGGGAGAUCCCAGGCUCUCAGGUCUCAUUUGACGUUGCCUGGUCACCAAAUUGCAUCGACAAGCGCUGCUAUGAUUAUGUUACCAUCGCUGAGUCCUGCGACCUGCUCUUUGUGAUGUCCUAUGAUGAACAGAGCCAGAUCAUGGGGGACUGUAUUGCAGAUGCAAAUGCCCCACUCUCUCAAACACUGAACGGUUAUGACCAGUUUUUGGGUCUGAAGAUCGAUCCAAAGAAGCUAGUGAUGGGAGUGCCAUGGUACGGCUAUGACUACCCAUGCCUCAACUUUUCCCAGGAGGGAGUAUGUUCUGUAAAGGAAGUUCCUUUCCGUGGAGCCCCGUGCAGCGAUGCAGCUGGAACACAGAAACAGUACAAGUGGAUCAUGAAGCAGGUCAACAGCUCCAUGUCCGGCAGGCUCUGGGACGACAAGCAGAAAGCUCCUUACUUCAAUUACAAGGAUCAGAAAGGACAGAUUCAUCAAGUCUGGUAUGAUGACCCACAGAGCAUUUGUCCCAAGGCAGAGGCGGUGAAAUCUAAAGGUUUGAGGGGCAUCGGCAUGUGGAACGGCAACAUCUUGGACUACAGCGAUGAACCGGUUGCCAGGCAGCAGACCAUGCUGAUGUGGAAUGCACUCUUAGGAUGCUAGCUGGGAUACACUUGACACUGCUGCAGAAAUUUACAUCAGCCCUCCUGCUUGUUGCUAAGUCAAUAUAACCCUUUGUAGCAGUAAUGGGGUGUGGUUCCCCUCUGUUCAGGGAUGCAUACUUGCACUUCAGGGUUUAUUGUGUCUUUUUAUUGCUGUUGCCGUUGAAUGUAGUUACGUCUUCGCCAGUCCCCUGUGCAAACUGAAAUAACUGACAGAGACAACUAAUCUUUUUAAUGUGACACAAACUCUAUUUUUGAUUGCUUUCUACUGAGCUUACGGAGAUCUUUGCACAUUUAUGCUUUUUUAUAAAUAAAACAUUCUGAUAAAUUUGUAUAUUAUUGAAGUUAUAUAAACAGUUGAACAACUCCCAGCACCUGAGAAACUCAGAACAGCAAAAGUAUAAACAUUGCGAACAAAUCAGAUCACACAAAAAAAAUGGGUAAAAAACAGUACAAAGAAACAUUUACAUUUAGUCAUUUAGAAACAACACUUGCAUACAAAAUUGCAAGACAUGUAGAAAGUACAGCUGCAUAAAGUCAACCUCAGCUGCUGUCCAAGCAAAGGUUUUGUUCACAGUUCUGUAUACUGAAUUAGAUAGAGGUGCUUUGAAGUUGUGGUCUGUCCCGUCUGGUAUUUCCAAAGGCCAAAGAGGAAACAGGACCAGGAUGAGACGACUGGCUCUUCUUCUGGGCCAGCUCAGCCUUCAAGGCCCUCAGCUCUGUGGCAGCCUGUUUCCUCAACUACGAAUAAAAAACAACAUGGAUGAUUCACAGACACAAAUACACAUAGUGCAUCAGCUGUUAAUCAGUUGUGGAAUCUAUCUCAGUUCAUAAUCAAAAUACUUUUGCUCAACUUGAAUAAUUCCAUUUUAAGGGACUUUUCCUUAUACAUUGUACUUUUUAUUCCUUUACCUUUAUCUGACAGCUUGUCAUCCCUUUAAUGUCAAGUGAAAAUGAUGUGUUGCAGAUGUGAAUUAGAACUUCUCAUAAACUGAAGGAUGAAGUCUUUAUAUGUUGAGAAAAUUCUCCUACUUCCUAAGCUAAAUAAACUCUUUAAAAAGCC